AUGAAUAAAUUUGAAGACGAUUUAAAAUAUGCUUAAAAAGCUCAUGGUAAUGAAUUUUUAAAUUGGUUAUAAAUUGUCAGCUUUGAACUCAUAAAAUAAAGAGAGUAUUGCUAUGGUUAAGAGUUUUUAAAAUUCUAGCAUCAAGUAUAUGAACUAAUUUUCAAAUAAGAUGGAAUAUUAAAUAGUAGUUUUCGAACUACAUAAAUGCGAUUUGGAUCUAUAGAAGAUACACUGUUUUUUAUCAAAAUUUUGAAUAUACUUUCACCAAAUGAAUAAUCAUUCUAUUAAUCAUUACCAUCUGAAUAUCCAUAUAAUCCAGUUUAAAUUGAUAUUUUGCCUGCUCAUUUAUAAUUAUUUUUGAAGGAUCCUUCUAUUGUUAAUAUGAAUUCUCAAUUCCAAACUUUUCAAGAGAUUUUCUAAGACAAUAUUUUAGUUGAAAAAAAUCAAUUAAAAUUUUGUGUUAGCGCUUAAAUGAUGUUUUGGAUUUAUUUAUUAAAUGGAGCUGUAAAUUUUAAAGAAAGCGCUUUACAUGUAACAGAUAAUAGUUAAAAAGUUCUUGAUUGUGCUUUUAGUAAAUGCAAAAUGAAAUUUAAUACCAAAGACUUUUUACUUAAAUAACUAACUUUUAAUCCUUACUUAAUCUUGAUAAGAAGAAUUAUUGAAUAUAUGGUUAAGUAGAUUAAACCAGAUAGACCUAUUUAAAAUAAUUAAAAUAGAUAAGUUACUAUAUUUAAAUUUCAAUAAAUGAUAAUUUUACUUUAAGAAUAUUCUAUGUAUGAACAUUUAUAUGUAUAGAAAUUACUUGAUUUUAAUCUAACUAAUGAAUAAUAAAAAUUAUUUUACAAAAUCAAACCAAGUAGUGUGAUAUUAGAUACAUAAAUGAUGAUGGUAUUUCUAACCAUAUUUUUUAACAAUUUAUACGGAUAAGAUUUAGAAGCAACAUACUCAUAGUUUAAGCAUUUUAUCAAAAAUAGUGAUAUCUUUAACAAGCAAAGUCAAAUAUUUUAUUAAAAUAGAGGAUUCUUUUUUGAAUGUGGAAGAUAAAAACAAUAAAUCACUUAUCAAUAAGGAUUAUAUAAAUUUUUAUAAAAUUCAUUUGAAUUAUACCAUAACGAAAGGUAAUGCAAUUAAAUUUCCUUACUUUCACAUUUAUCUACGUAUGUUUUAUUUCUAAGAUAGUAAUUUUCUGCUUAUGAGAUUUCUAUUUACGAUUAAGUAUUGAUAUUUGAUUAAGCACUAAUUUCUUGUUUAGUAUCCUAAAAUACAAUAUUAAAUUAUCUUUCUUAACAAUAAAAUUUUUAAUAUAAAAGCAACAAUCCAAUAACUCGUUUUAUAUUAACUGAACUAUAACCUAUUUAUCAAAUACUUAAAAAUAAAUUCGGACAAUGUCCUCAAGCAAUACUAUUUAAAGAAUUUAAACCUUAGAAUUUAUUAAGAUGCUUAGAAUUAAAAUUUAAUUCACAUUUUUAUUAAAUAGACUUUCAUUUUAGAGAAUUAAAAAAAUAUAGAAAUGAAAUGAAAAAUCUAUUGAGAAUAUAUUAUCCAUUUUAUACUAAAUUAUUAAUGACAAUAUUUAAAUGCAUUAAUAAUUUAAGUUAUAUAAAUGAUUCUGAAUAUCAAGGUAUCAUGCAUCUACUUACUUUUAUAUAUUCAUAAGACUAGAAUUCCUUUUUUUGUGAUUUAUUAAAAUCUUAGAAAAAUUAACCAUUUCAAAUUCCUGCUUAUUAUGAAGUUAAGAACUUUUGUGACAUAUAUGUCAAAGAUAGUAAAGAGGAAGAAUUUUUGAUAAAACAAAAUGAAAAUGUUGAAAAAUGGAUUUAAUAAAUCAUUUGCACAUUAAUGCAAUUUUAAUAACAAAAGAACAUUAAAAAUGAUAGAAUUGUAUAAUAUUUAGGAGAGUAAUUUGAAAUUCCAAUAGCUUCAAUAAAAAUAAUUCCAAUUAAAAAUUUAAGUCCAUCAAAGAGUACUGGAAGAUUGUCUAGAAAAAAAAUGUAUAUAUAAUUAGUAUAAUUUAGUUUAAUAAAUUAAUGGAAAGCUCCUCUUAGAGAUUAUGAAUUAUAUUUCCUCUUAAUUUUGAUGUGGUAUUUUAGCAUAUGUAUAGAUAAAUUAAAAGGCUAACAAAAAAAUGAAUAUCCUUCAACCUAAUGGCCAAGAAAGCUAGCUUCACCAUUAAAUCUUUUAAUUGUGUCAAUUUUAACAUACAUUGUCAUAGCCUUAAUUUUCAUGCUCAUUUGAC